AUGGCAUUAAACUUGGUGGUUAAAAGCUUGAAUGUCCAAACCUUCAGCUCUGCCACUUACCAGAUGUGUGAGCUGGACAAGUUAAAGACCAUUUAUACCCAUCAAAGAGAUAAUCAAAGGAUGUCUUUAUCAGUACCAUAUGCUUAUCAGUGCUGUGAAUUUUGGGGCUGUGACUCUUAUGCAAAUUUAAACAUAAAAGAUAACAGCCUUCAAGAUCAUAGUGUGACAAAGGAGAAAGGUACCACUGAUGCAGCAAAUGUCACCAGCACUGCUGAAAAUGAAGAGCAUAGUCAAAUAAUUAUCCAUUGUACACCCCCAACAGGUGCUUUUAAGCCCUGUGAAUAUUUACUGGGAAGCUGGAUGAUACGUCCCACCAUGUGGUUCAUUUUCUUAGUUGCAUUGUUUUUCAACCUGCUAGUCAUUUUAACAACCUUCACAUCUUGUACAUCACUACCUUCCUCCAAGUUGUUCAUAGGCUUGAUUUCUGUGUCUAACUUCUUCAUGGGAAUCUAUACUGGCAUCUUAACUUUUCUUGAUGCCGAAUCCUGGGAGAGAUUUGCUGAAUUUGGCAUUUGGUGGGAGACUGGCAGUGGCUGCAAAGCAGCUGGUUUCCUUACAGUUUUUUCCUUAGAAAGUGCCAUAUUUUUAUUAAUGUUAGCAGCUGUUAAAAGAAGCUUAUCUGCAAAAAAUAUCAUGAAAAAUGGGAAAAGCAAUCAUCUCAAGCAGUUCCGGAUUGCGGCCCUUUUUGCUUUUCUGGGUGCUGCAGUAUCAGGCUGUUUCCCCCUUUUCCAUAGAGGGGAAUAUUCUGCAUCACCCUUGUGCUUGCCAUUUCCCACAGGAGAGAUGCCAUCAUUAGGAUUUACUGUGAUGUUAGUGUUUUUAAACUCACUAGCAUUUUUAUUAAUGGCCGUCAUCUACACUAAACUUUACUGCAACUUGGAAAAAGAAGACCUCUCAGAAAACUCACAGUCUAGCAUGAUUAAACAUGUUGCUUGGCUAAUUUUCACCAACUGCAUCUUUUUUUGCCCUGUUGCAUUUUUAUCAUUUGCACCAUUGACCACUGCAAUCUCUAUCAGUCCUGAAAUAAUGAAGUCUGUUACUCUGAUAUUUUUCCCAUUGCCUGCUUGCCUAAAUCUGGUCCUGUAUGUUUUCUUCAAUCCAAAAUUUAAAGAAGACUGGAAGUUACUGAAGUGACACGUUACCAAGAAAAGUGGAUCAGUUUCAGUUUCCAUCAGUAGCCAAGUGAAUGGUGUGGACCAUGCUGAUGAUAGUGAUGAUAACAGUGAGGACCUCCACAAUGUGGGAGAUGAGAGAAGGAAGAUGGUGGUGGUGAUGUUGGUGAUGAUGACAUGGGUGAUGUUGACCGUACUGAUGAUGGGAUGA